UAGAUAGAGGUGAAAGUGAUCAUGCUUCAUCUCCUCCCCAUGCCUGACAAAGUCGCCAAGCCGUCUUCAGCCUCGGUUGGACUUGCCACAUUCCUCAUCAGACUUCCAUCUCUCGACCAGGCAUGUCUUCUGCGCCUCUCCCUAACCCACCUCCCCCGGGACAAGGCUCGCGGGUGAUCUUGUAUCACCAAACGCACCAUGGACCGAACGAUGGUCCGCCGGUCUCUCUUCUGCCCCUGCUGACCAACAAUACUGGCGUUACUCACAUCAUCAUCGCCGCCAUCCACGUGAAUGGGGAACCGGGCAACAUCACGCUCAAUGAUCACCACUACGAUCACGAGCGCUUCGCGACGCUGUAUAGCGAAAUGGCAUGGUGUCAAGCUAGCGGGCUGAAGGUCCUCGGUAUGGUUGGUGGUGCGGCUAAAGGCUCCUUCGAGAUGCUAGACCGAAAUGAUCCACAGAUGUUCGAGACUUACUACGUGCCGCUGAGGGAUAUGCUGCGAAAGCACAACUUCGACGGCAUCGAUCUUGACAUUGAGGAGGCCAUGAGCAUGGACGGCUGCAUCCGACUCAUCGACCGCUUGCGGGCAGAUUUCGGCCCAUCUUUCCUCAUCACUUUGGCGCCAGUUGCUACUGGACUACUGGUUGGUCAACCGCAUCUCUCCGGUCCGGCUUUCGACUACCAUGUAUUGGAGGCGAUGCGCGGUCACGAGAUCGCUUGGUACAACACGCAAUUCUACAACGGCUGGGGAGAUGCCAACACCAGCUUUUGGUACGAAACUAUCAUCGCCACUGGCUGGAAACCGGAGAAGGUCGUCUUUGGACUUCUCACAAACCCCGGAAAUGGUGGCUCUGGUUACGUAGCUCAGCCGCAUAUCGACAGCGUCCUACGAGCGAUGCGUGCGCGGCACCCUAACUUUGGCGGUGUUAUGGGCUGGGAGUACUUCAAUGCAUUACCUGGAGACCGUGAGCGGCCAUGGGAAUGGGCAGCACACAUGUCUCGAGUACUCCACUCUCCUAUACCGGCCCUUCCGGCGCCGCAGCAACAAGCACCGAUACGACCGUAUGGUGAACCUGCUGCCCUACCGCCGGCACCCCAUCCGUAUCCGGCGGAAAGCGUAAAGACACUGCAGGAUCUUGGCUUCACUCAGCAGCAAGCUGUGGCAGCACUCAACUCCACUGGAGGCAACGUUGAGUACGCAGCGGGGCUACUGUUUCAGGACUGAAGCACCGGCUACACUGGAACAGAAGCCUAGGCGCUCGUCACGGGGCGCAACUUCCUCAGGCGGCGUAGCCUGCGCUCUUGCUUCGUGGGAUCAUUCUACGUACGGCCUCCAUUAACGAACGGGAGGCCGCUGACUUCGGCACGGUGGUCACUUGGCGCUCGAAGCUGGUCUGCUAGGCGGCAUUGUGGCGCACUCUCCGGUCACGGGUGAGAGUCAGCCUUGCCGGCGGAGACCAUGGAUGAGACCUCACUUUUCCAUCACUGGCCCUGGAAGCGGCCAAUACCAUCGCCCCUCAAUAAGAUGCACCUCUUCCGUAUGCCGCCAUACAGGCCACAACAGCAAUGCUUCGCAAGAGAUGCCAGCUCGUUGUCGGCUUCAAUGACCGAUGCUCACU